AUGAUUCUGAGUCUUAACAAGGUGAGCUUUGCUGGAGCAAAAACGGCGAAGCAGAUUCAUCACGUCACUCACCAAAUAGUCCUCCAAUUGAACGAGUGCUCAAGUCUCAUCGCCCUUGAGCACCCUUUGAAGCGAGAGCUCCCCCGUCAAAACCACGAGUCCGCGGAACGAGUAGAAAGACUCUUGCAGGAUCUCGCCAGCGCGCUGUAUUUGUUUCUCAAUGGGGGGCAUUUUGUUCUUUCCAGUGGGCAUCUCGGAUAUCUCCUUGCGCAGCUUUUCCAUCUCAUCGCUGCGACCACUAAAAGCAAAGGCUAUGAAGGUCAGCUGCGGCCACUUGGAAGAUCCUCAAUGGCCAAUCCAUCUCCCACUGCUAUCUAUGAGAUCAGACUUACAUGUGAUGUUCGUGGCCUCAAGUCGUUGUCGUCGGCGUUCGAAUGGAAAGGCAAGCGCAUGGCGUGCGGACGCGGCCACCUGCUUAGUAAAGAGCGGGAAGAAGGCCAGUCCCAGCCCCACAAGAGGAAAUAA